CAGCCUGCGAGCGUCGGCGUGGGGACGGCAGCAGCAGGCCCGGGCCCGAGGCGCCUGGAUGACCCAGGGUAUGCUAUGACUGGCUUCAGACUCCCCAUCACUACUUUUAGAAAGCUAAAUGUCUGGUUUGGACUGUGGGAGAAGUUCUCUUCUAAUAAACUGUAUCCCUCUUGGAGGAGAAGCAUGUUCUGUAGCUGUCAAGCAAGCACAGUAAACUACAGAAGAUGUCCCAGCUUUUCCUCAGUAAAACUCUGUGCACCAAGACUUUCUCCAGAGUAUAUCUCUCUACUUCCUCUGCGGAAUAAAAGUAGCAAAAGCUCUAAAAGGAGCAGACAGACUGUGCAAGAAGAAGAAGAGGAAGAAGAGGACGAAGAGGAAAGCGAUUUGGAGGAUGAAUUUGAAAAUGACCCCAACGUAGUAAAAGAUUACAAGGAUCUUGAAAAAGUGGUGCAGUCUCUUCGAUACGAUGUGGUCAUGAAAGCUGGCCUAGACAUUGCAAGAAAUAAAGUAGAAGAUGCAUUCUACAGUAAUGAACUCAGGCUGAAUGGAGAAAAACUAUGGAAGAAAAGUAGAACUGUGAAAACUGGGGAUACGCUGGAUCUCAUAGUAGGUGAAGAUAAAGAAACAGAAACUGCCAUAGUUAUGCGGGUAGUCUUAAAAAAAGUAUCUAACAAAACUGAAAGUGAAAAAUACAAAGUAAUUGUGAGGCGCUGGAAACACUUAAAAGUGCCCAAACAGGAUGUAUUUAAGUGAUGGGGGGGGUUGCAUGUGGCAGCAUAAGAGUUUUGCAGAAGACCAUAUUUGUUCUUAAAUACAAAUUUUGGUUAAACAAAAUUACAGUACCCUUUGUUAAGGGCUUGUGUCAGAAUGUUCUUUCCCUCUGCUGUGUAUGUCAAUAUCCAUGCAAUAAGCCUGUCACUUUUUGCUGUUAGUUUUGUUUCAUAGCGCUGUGGGAUAAAAGAUCCAACCCUUACAAUUCCAGGCAGUUUCCUUACAGAUGUUAUAAAUGAUGAACCAAUAAAGACUAAUUUGAUCACUGUUUAA